AUGCAUAUAACGUGCAUCGUGAUAACCUUGUUUUUCGCCUUCCUCUCGGUGGAAGGCGCUCCUCAGCGUUCCAUCAAAGCGCCGAAGCCAGUUCACACAUCGGUGAAAGCCAUUCCCAGUGUCCUCGCAGUUCCGCAGUCGACUGCCACCGCCAUUCCCUGUUCUAAGGUGGGCGACCCUACUGUUGAUCCCGCGACCCGUUGGCAACAGGCGGGAGCAGAUCUGGCCUUAGCAAAGGCGGUAUCGUACUACAACAACCAAAGCUCUCUGACGUUCUCCCGAGCGGUAUCUCAUUACUUCAAUGGUCCCGAGGACUACGAUUGUCAAUUGAUCGAUAGUCCGUGUACUGCGGGUGUUUCGCAGUGUGAGAGUGUAACCAGCUCGGCUGGAUGGCUGAUCCUCAAUUCUUUAUCCAAUUUUCAUAACCUAUGGAACAAUGUCAAUACAGCCCUUCAGAAUGCAGAGGCCGAUAUAACCCCACAGCUGGGGACUUUUACAUCAACGUUUGCUCCUCCAGUGAAGGACGAUACGACUAUGACAAAGGAGCUUUUUGAUAUUUUCAGUAUCCUCCUCUCUAUGUUUAAUGCUGAAGUUGGAUUCGCAGCGGGCUUUGUUAAAACUGAAGCCAAACCUGACAUGCUAGGCAAGGCGAUAGACAAAGGUACAGCUUCCAUGGUCGGUAUCCUUAGUGGAACUCUCACGAUACAAAAGGAUCUUUUACCAGCCGCUCAGCAACAGGAAAUUAAUGAAGAACAGCUUGGAACAGCCUUGUCGACAGUCACCAAUACCUUGCAAGAAAUCUACUCGGACAUGGCAAAGGAUCUUAUGGAGAAUGGUGCCUUCCACAAUGCAUCACCAGUCAUUAGCGCUCAGGAUUUGUUGUCUGAUGGCGUGUGGGUUAGUUCGAGUCUCUCAAUAAUCGACAAUCGAGAGCUUAAACUUGACUUCGAACAUGCUCUCUAUGGCUUGUUGGUUCAAAGGGCUUGGAAAUUAACCGCAGAGCUUUACCCUACUGUGGUUAUUACGAACCAAACAUGCGAUGACGACGCUAAUGUCCCAGAUUACCUACCAGGAGGCGAUACAGAUACUCUCACUGGUGAUAGUGGGACGUGGGGAGGGUUGACUAUUGACGAUAUUGCUGUUAGCGCCUAUAACGGCUUCAUCGCUAACGGCAAUCAACCAGGGUACCAGAUGCCCAAUACCGCAAAUAUCAUUCAGGAUGGACAAAUCAAUACCGAUCCAUGGCCCUUACGAGAUGGGGUCAGAACCCCAGGGUUCUUUAAUAUCCCUACUUGCACUUCUGACACUAUGUAUUCGAUGCUGGAUACGAAAGAUUCUUCUUACAACAACCGUGGUCCCAAUUGGCCUUGCCAGCCCUGA